CUCAACCCCGAUAAUGUUUCCGCUCCUAUGAAACCAACAUAUUCGCACGUCUGCAUCGCGCCUCUCGGCCCCGCAAAGCUUGUCUCAAUCGCGGGUCAAAUUGGCAUGGAUGGAACGGGGGAAGUGCCGUCUUCCUUCACUGAACAAGUUCGAGUUGCGUUGGAAAAUUUGAAAAAAUGUCUUGCUUCAGCAGGCGCCAUGCCCAAGGAUAUUGUCAAAGUGACGCAGUUCGUCGUAAAUUUAGAUGCGACAGAGUCAACAAGAGGAAAUUUGUGGUUGGAGUUUGUCGGAGAGCAUAGACCGCCGAGUACUUUGGUUGGCGUGGCGGCUUUGGCAAGUCCUGAGUUGCUGUAUGAAGUCGAGGCAACGGCUGUGGUG